AUGAGACAAGGCUUUCGUGGCAUUCAUUACGCAAACAUUUGGACACUCUUAAGAUGUUGCCAACAUUACGGAACACACACGUCGGAAAAGGAAGACAAAUGGAAUCAUUACUUUCAUUGUGAGUUUACCCAGGCUCGUGUGAACAUUCAGACGACCUUGAAAACGCAGAAAAUCAACCGCGACCUGGUGAUUCUACAGGCCAAACAGCGUGAUCUGCAGAACGUGGGGGCCGAGCUGCGGCGGGCGGUUGACUACUUCAGCGUGGAGGCUACCAAGGACCAGGCCAAGAUCGCGCGGCUGAAAAAUGAGAACUCUCUGCUGGAGAAGAAGCUGAAGGAUCUGGAAACCAGCAUCCUGGGCAACACGCCCAGCAUUCUGAUUGGGCUGCUGGACAAGGACAAGCGGAAGCAGCUGACGGCCCAAGACGAGGCGGUGCUGGAGUGCGGGGAGCUGUUAGCCGAGGUCGGCAAGGAGAACUACACCUUCCUCAUGGCCCAAGGUCUCCCACUGCUCUCCGCGAAGGAGCUGGAGGAAAAGACGCGCGGUGUCAACAUGGCCUGGCAGCUGGACCCGUCCGAGCUGCUGGCGGCCGCCGCCCCGCCGCCGGCCACAGGCCGGGGCCGCGGCAAGAAGCGCCGCCGCCCGGUGGAUCCAGGCGCAGCCGUGGACGCGGCCGUGGAGGCGGUGGUGGCUGACACGCUGUCGCCGCAGUCGGGCGCGGCGCGCGGCCAGGCGCUGGUCGGCACGGCCGACGGCACCGAGCACAUCAGCCUUCCGCAGGAGGUGCUCGAGCAGGUGAUGAACGGCAAGGGAUACCUGGUCGACGAGAACGGCGAGCGAUUGGAGAUCCGCGUCGUCGGCGACGAGCCGAUGGCUGGCUGACCGUCGGCGGGGAGGCCAACGGGUGUGCCGGAUGUGUGAGGUGGCGUCCGAUAGAGAAGCCAUUGACGUCAGAUGACUGAGCGAGUGGCGAGUGGUGUUCGAGUUGCGAGAUGGCCAGCAGCGGCGCCCAAGGGUGAGCGGGUGAUGUCGGAGGGCCGAGCAAGUGACCCUCGUCCGGGGAUGGCUCUAACGUGGUGUGUGUGGGCGCGGCUGGAGGGCGGCCUGAGCUGGCGCCGCUGGCUCCGCCGCCGCCGCCACAGUCUCGUCUGACCACCGUCGGUGCAUACGGCGACACCCUGACCCAGAGCCUUUUCUGUUUCCAUGCGGUACAUCGGUUGCUGUAAAAAAAUGCUGUGCUGGGCAGUGCCGGUGCAGAAUGAGUUGCUGCGCUGACCGGCGCCUGGCGCCUGGGCUCGAGCGCCAGCCACCAGCCAGCUGGUGCGGCGCCUCAGACCGCGGCCGAUGUCGUCCCUAGUGUGUUGGCCCCGACCUCUGGCCGCUCGCCCAGUGCGUCAACGGCGACAGGGCAGGCCGUUAUCACCCGGUACCGUUCUGCUUCAGCCACGUCAUCCACCAUCGCUGUGUAAAUACAGGGAAUUCAUCACUU